AAACCAUCAGGAGGAGGAGGAAGCUAAAGCAGCGUGCGGUUCAUGAGAACACAAGGAGGACCUCCCUCAGAGUACCACUGAACAUACAUCAAUCAACGUCAUUUUCUUUGGCACAUUGGCCAAGGACUUCUCCGAGUCUGUCAGACAAGGGGAUGUUGUCCUAUUGGCAGACUUCACUAUCAGAAAGUCUCCAUCUUUUCUCAGAGACAAACUACAUCCUUGUCAGUUGGAGAUGGAUGGCAAAGAUGCCUGUGUCUAUGUAUGUCCCUCAGCAGCCCCCUCCCAUGGUCCCUCCAGUUCAGAGGCCAAAUACACUUAUGUUCCUCUAAACAUGUUGAAGCACAAGACAGUGGUGAACGUCUAUGGUGUGGUGACCUUCUUCAAACUGCCUUUCCCCUCUAAAGGUUCAGAUUACUGCUCUACACUAAAGAUCACAGAUCAAUCAGAUGUUAAAGUGAGCUGCAACAUCUUCUCUAAAAAACUGGAGGAUCACCCAGUCAUCUUCAGAGUUGGGGACAUUAUUCGACUCCACAGAUUCAAGGCAGACAUGUUCAACGACUCCAUGACACUCUUGAACACUUAUGGUUGGUCUGCAGUCACAUUCGAUGGAAUAACUGACAGCCCAGUAGCACCUCGUACCUCCAGCAAAUCAUUUCACUUUGGAGAAUCCGAUAAAAAUACAGUGCAGGAGCUUCGCCAAUGGGCUGCCAGCCAGUCUCUGAUAUCCAAUGACCCCACUGUCUCUCUGUCCUCGGUACAUCCCGGGAUGUACUUUGAUUUUACCUGCCAGUUGUUGGCAAAGGCUGUCAUGGAUAGUCGUUGUAUCCUACUUAAGGUGUGGGAUGGGACCAAGUGUGAACAUCCCCUAUUGAACGUUGCAGUUGCAUCUGAUGCAAUAGAAGGAGAAUCCACUGUUGCUAAAGACAGGAUGAACCUGACAGCCAAUGUUCUGGUCUAUGACAAUCACAUGGAGGCAGCUCAAGACUUAAAGCCCGGCACGUUCCUGCGGUUCUACAAUCUCCAUUCACUCCUUCAGAAAGCUCCGGACCAGCAGCCAGAUCAGCCUGAACAUCUCAGUUUCCACCUCCAUGGAGGGACCACAUAUGGACGAGGUUUACGCAGCCUUCCUGUAGAGAGCCCUGAUCUACAGUCCCUCAAGAGUGUGCUGGAGAAUCAUGUCGAUCUGGAUGAGCAUGAUGACGUAAAUGAUGGCACGUUACUGGAGAUUUGGUACACACCGCCAGAGGCUGUAGUCUUGCCAAAUGAUGAAGAACCAGAUGGAGAAGCAGAUACAGGACCUUCUUAUACAGUGCGGACAUGUGAGCACAACAUGCAGCAGCUCACACUGGCCCAGGUGAAGCGCUCCACACCCCCGCUGUCAUGUCAUGUCCGAGCCCGGGUGAAGAAGUACCAUCCCCAGCAGUUAUACCAGUGCCUGAAGCUCUUCUGCUCCAAGUGUAAAACAAUGAAAGACGUUCCCGAUGACAGCGCUGUUGCUAAAGUCUUUCGGGACUCUGCGAGAGAUAACCAACCUUGCGAUGAGCAGUGGGCCGCCACUUCGUCAGCGAGCUCCAGAGAACCCGGCAGAACUAUCUCAAUGCACAUUUCCAGAGACAUGGUGGGGGAAAGCACUCACAUGCAGCUGAUAUUCGUUGAGGGAACGACGCUGGAUGAGAUUUGUGUUUUAUCACGCGAUUACAAAAACCUGGUUCCCGUGAGAUCUGAGAACGGCAGGAUGACCCUGAUGGAUCUCACAGCUCCCUUCCUGUUCUGAGACAAAAGAUAUUAUGGGUGUAAGCGGUGCUCUCUGAACACGUUUGAAAACCGUGUGUUUGCUGGAGUGGAGACCUGGGAUGAACAGGCGGUUGCUGAAGCUCUGGGAGUUCAGCUGAUGCAGUACAGAUUGUUAAUCCAGUUUGAACUGGAUGAUCAGACGGACACAUUAGAGGCUCUGCUGUGGGAGAACGCUGAGAAGUUCUUCCAUGUUUCUGCUGUAGAUGCUUCAGGUAGUCAGGAUUUGCAGGACAAGAUUCAGACCAUCAUGGACACAAUUCAACCACCAGAAAGCAGUUUGGAAGAACGUCCAUGGCUGGAUAUUUGCCUCUCUGUCUACGCUGUAAAGGACGAUGACAGAAAUAAAGUUUGCUACCAGAUCACUAACACAGAAAUUAGAGAAGAAUAGAGAAGUUAAGUUAGACAGUUUGAUUCAGUUUGAAAAUCAGAGUUGCCAGAAAUGUUUUGUGUUAAGAAAUGUAAAUAUAUGUUUUAUGGUCAAAUGCAAUCCAUAAAUUCGUAUCUAUAAAAUAAAGUAUAUUUCUAUUUAUAAUACA